AGUUGACACGUUUUCUAAUUUUCGUCACCUAACUCUAAAGUGGACUUUUUGUUUGUUUGAUAUACAUAAUUUUUCUAUUUACUGACUGAUUAAUUUGACAUUGCCAAAUGAAACCGAUUUCGAUGAUGGGUGAGGCAUCUUACACCAAUGCCGAUUGUAGCCUUAGUGAUUGCAUAUCCCAGUUUUGGGGAUCAUGGCGAGGAUGUAAGCUUUGCUUUCAAAUAUAUAUAUAUAUAUAUAUAUAUAUAUAUAUAUAUAUUGUAGAUAAUUCUUCAAAUUCCAUUCUAUAAUGUUAAUUUCUUUGUUUCAACAUGUAUUUGCAUCAAUCCCUGAGGAUCUAAAAGUUAGACAUAAAUGUGGCCAACACACAAUGGUGCUUUGUGGCUCGAGGGAUGGCUACUGGCUCUUUCAAGACUCAUAUGGCUUACCAAGAGGAGUUGAUGAUAUUAUAAAAGUGAGGAAAGGCAGACUGACUGUCAGUAAAGUUCGUAGAGAUAAAACUUCUGCGAGUGGUGGAAAACAAUACGUGGAUUCCAAGAAGUGUAAGGCUCACUAAUAAUUUAUUUGGUAAAAAAAGGACCCGGUGCGAAGCUUGUUCAGUGCGGGUUCAUACUGAAGUUGUUGUGAAGAAGAACCUGAGAGUACAUAUUGCUAACCAAGAUGCAAAAGAUCUAAUCCGAAUUUGUGGAAUGAACAGAAUUGUAAGCAUGAUUCUUUUUCUUCAUGUUUCUUGAAAACUUGUUUUGUAAUCAUCAAUCAACAUUUGUAUUAAAUAAUCAACGUUUAGAGAGUCGAUGACAAGAAACAGCUGUUGAGGAGAUUAAAAAGAUUGAAACAAUAGAAGGUUAUGUGAUCUUUGCAGUGAAAGAGAUCUCAGAGUAUUUCCAUGGAGAUUCAGUAAAGGUGGAAGCUCAGGUGUUGAGAGUAUUCGUGGUUGUGAGAGACUUUCUGUUCAUUCUAGAUGAAGUAUGCAAGGAGAUAGAUGCGAGUUAAAAAGAGAGUAUUCUGGCUUGCAUGUGUUGUGUUGAAUUUGUGUUGCCUAUUAGUUAACUUAUGUGUAUGUAUGAAUCGUUUGGAAGCUAUGUUUGAAUUUAGUGGGAUGCAAACUUUUACAAAUGUAAGUGGCUUGAACACAUUUUAUAUUUCAUCACAUCUUUUAAUUCGCUUUUAAAUCAUCCACAAAUUCUCAUCUAGUACCCACGUUAUUGAUGUAGCUGAAUUUUAGUAUUUCUUACAAGUAAUAAAACUAAUAAAAUUAGAAUGAUUCUGUAAUCAUAUCUAGGAUUUACGGUUUAUGAAGUUUUUACUGAUUAAUAAAAUACUAUUUUGAGGAUUUUUAUUUUAAGUCUAUUUUAUGAUAAAAACCUAUGUUGCGUGGAAAUUCGGUCGAAGGUACGUUUCACGUUUCGAAAACGUUUCGGAAUCGGAAUCUCUCGAAAACUCGCGGAAACGCAUUGGAAACUCGUUUCUUAAAAAUCUCAUUUUGGAAACUUAGUGGAAACUUGCGUUACUAUUUUGGAAACUCGCGUUUCUGUUCUGGAAACGCUAUAACUUUCCAAUUGGUUAUGAUUUGUUGUUAUGAUUUUUAUUUAAGUUAAACUAUUUAAUAUUUAAGUACUAGUUUUUGUUAUUUUGAAUUUUUUAUAUGAUUUUGAUGUUUAAUGAUGACUUUUUUCGUAUGAUUAAAUAGAAUGGCUAUUUACUUAUUUAUAUUCUAAGAUAUACUAAACAUAAUAAAAAUAAAUGCAAAUAUUAAUCAGUUAUAUAUAUAUAUAUAUAUAUAUUUAUAGACGUUUCUAAAACGUUUUUAAAGCAAAAAAAAAAUCAAAAAUCACGUUUCCACGUUUCAAAACGUUUCGUUUCCACGUAUCGGUUUCCGUUUCCAUGCAACCUAGAUAAAAACUAAAAAUGUGAUAUUUAGUAGAUUUGCACAAAAGUCAACACGUUUUUGUUAUUUUCGUCACCGAACUCUAAAGUGGACUUUAUGUUUGUUUGGUCAGUCUUCUCUGUUAUUUACCUACAUUUUCUUAUAGUACUUGUAUUCUUUAUAAAUCAUUUGGUCUCAUAGAGUCACACUCACUUCUUCAUGAACCCCAAGCCAUGUGAUUUGCUUCGUCUUAUAAUUUUUUUUGCUAUCAAGAAGUGCUCAACAUUCAACAACAACAAAACACACCCUUUGUCUCGUUACUAGAAUUGCUAUCGUAUUUUCAUCAGGUCUAUAUGAUGAUGGUUGCUAAGCUAGUUUGUACCAUUUUCAUCCGGAGCUGUCUCUGGCUGUUACUGCUCCCUGGCUUGACCCGUGCAAUGGAGUCCGACAUAACUUGCCUGAGAAGCUUAAAGUCCCAGCUUAAGGACCCCCAUGCAUAUCUGUCUAACUGGGUAUUUGGAGACUACAGUGACGGUUAUAUCUGCAGCUUCUUUGGCAUGUACUGCUACCGUAGUAGCCUUAAUAAGGUGCUAAGCAUCAAUCUUGGCGGGUCCGGUCUGGAGGGAGAGUUUCCUAGCGGUGUUAAACUAUGUUCAUUCAUGGAGAGUCUAAACCUUACUGGAAACAACCUCACUGGCACUCUUCCAUCAGACACAUUCUCAUCUCUUCCAUUUCUUGUUACUCUAGACCUCUCCAACAACAACUUGGCUGGUGAAAUCCCUGCUAGUUUGCCAAACAUGUCCUACUUAAACACGCUUUUGCUUGAUCAUAACCGGUUCACGGGUCGCAUCCCGUCCGAGUUAGCCUCAAGUCCAGGACUUCUACAGUUCUCGGUGGCUCACAAUGAUCUUAAAGGCCCCAUUCCAGAAUUCACCGCUGGAAACAUAUCUCUCUCGAGCUUUGAUGACAAUCCGGAUCUGUGUGGUUUCCCGCUGGAUCCCUGCCAAGACUCUUUCUAUUCCAUGGCCAUUAUAGCAGCCAACAUUGCUGCAGCUGCAUUUUUUCCUGUAGGUGCAUGCUACGGCUGGUUAUAUGAUAGCCACAAACAGAAUCAACGACCAAGAAGACGUUAAAGCAAAGUCCUUACCAGAUAAAAAGUACAGUCCACUUGUUUCAGUGAAUCUUGUUGUAUCUUUAGCACACAUAGUUAUCAUGUUAUGUAACAAACCCCAAAAUAAAUUUAACUUUGCAGUCUUUGAACAAAAAAAAAAAGCAGCUAGCAAAUGGGAGUUUUCUUAUAUAUUGUAGUAUUUGUAACAAAGUCUGCCAUGUGAAGCCUAACGUAACCCAUACUUUACGCUUCAGUGCUAACUAUAUAACCAACUUGGUGCAUAUUCUUCUUUGGAGGUGUUUUGAGUCAGUGUAGUGAUACAAACAUCUUCAAAGUUUUUAAUAUCACAGCUAAAC